AUGGCUAUGGGAACCACGAGUGAUGGGACGAUGAAUAUGAAUAUGAAUAUGCAAAGUGGGAUGAGCUUCGAAUGGGGUACCAACGCUAUAAUCCUCUACUCAGGGUGGCCCGGCCAUAGCCCUGGCAAGUACAUAGUGGCUCUGGUUUUAGUGUUUUGCAUGGCUGUCAUAGUUGAGGUUCUCUCUUCCAUAACCUCCAUCAAAGAAGGUACUGGUGUACCUCCGAUGACGGCGGCUUUGAGUCACGCUUGCGUGUAUGGCUUUCGGGUUGCAGUUUCUUACUUGGUUAUGCUUUCUUUGAUGUCUUUCAAUGUCGGUGUUUUCAUUGUUGCUGUCAUCGGCCAUGGUGUUGGAUUUUUCUACGUCAAAGCUAAGGCUUUAACCAUCAAACAAGACGAGGAUAUGAAUAAUAAUGUUUGA